AUGGAGCGCACAAAUCGAUUUCCUGGGUUCGUUCUCGACCAGAACGAUCACGGCGAGUCCCACACGCCCUUUUCCAACCAGAUCAACCAUGGUCCCACAUUCAUUGCUCCCAAUGAGGCAGGACUUCUUGGACAAACCGGUCUCCCAAACCCAAGCAACAUAGACAAGGAAGACAACGAACCUCGUCACCUUUCUAGUAACGACGUGUUGGGACAUGUUGCGGCAUUUAGCGUGCAAAACCGAGACUCAAUUUCCAUCACAGUCGUUGAUAGUGAUGGCCCCCUCACAUACUUCAAGAAAUCAUACAAGCUCGGUAUCAAGACCAACAUCAAGAAAGCAUUGGACCAAAUUCGAAGCCAUGUCUGCACCACAUGCAGUUCGCCUCAGAUGCUUGAGUUCUGGUAUGAAACCACGGAGCUCGAGAACGGCCAAACAGCUGCGUUACUAGGCAUGCAGCAAGGCGACACGAUUGAUAUCCACCUCAAGGAAUCCUGCACUCGCGGCGCUCACCCUCUUCCCGCAUCUCAGACCACGCCCAACAUGCAUUAUCUCGAUGAGGGAGACUACGCCGCACUUAUCGAAGAGACACAUCCGCCAGCCCAAAACGAGACCGUCAAUGUGACUUUCCGCAACGACACACGCUUCUCGAUGCAAUUUCGCCUUCGCCUUGAUCAGCCAAUCUCAAAGGCCUGCGAAGCGUUCGAGGUGCGAUUAGGAUCUCCACUCAAACUGGAAAAUUCCGACAUCAUCGAAUGCUACACUGAGAUCCUCGGCGGCGGCGGAGCAGCUCCUCCCCCUCAACAUCCACCCAAACGUAACGCCACAGAUAACUCUCCCAGCCCCCGCAAACCACUUCCAAUACCAGAUGAGCUCGAAGAUUCGGAGGAGCUCGAACCAUUUGAGAUCAUCGAGCGAGUCAGACUAGUAUUCAUUGACCAAUAUCGCCACCGUCUCUCCGUGCUAGUCGUCAAUGACGCCCCACUCUUCAGCGCAUUGAACUACGCUUCCCUCCGCAUGGGCAAGAGUGCUAAACAUGUCACAUUUGAAAUCGAGGGAACCAGGAUCGAUUUGGAGGUUUUGGGAACGAAGACAGCUCUGGAUCUUGGACUCAAAGGCGAGGUGGAAGUUCAAAUCCGAUGCGCUGGGUCUGGAUAUGGUCCAAACGACUCGCUGCCGCCGAGAUCGAUCAAGUAUGGCGUGCUACCCCCUGAGGGCGUGGCAAGACUCUCUGCGGCUGAGUUGGAGUAUCUUUUCGGAAACUCUGAGACGGCAGAGCAGUGA